AUGGCUUCACUGCGAUCUUGGUUUGCCAUACCUCGCGGCUCGCACUUUUCACUAGCCAACAUUCCGUUUGGCGUCAUUUCAACAGCCUCGUCCACAAAACCACGAGUCGCAGUUGCCAUUGGAGACCAUGCCCUAGAUCUCGAGGCCUUUGCAGCCGGCAAUGGCUUCUCGGCCCUCUCCCUCAUUCAGCCUCAUCAAGCCGUCUUCUCAGAGCCCUCACUGAAUGCAUUCGCUGCACUCGGCCGCCCCGUCCAUUCCGUCGUUCGCAAGUACAUACAAAGUGUGUUUUCCAAGGACACCACCUACCCAGAUGUCCUUCAGAACAACUCUGCUCUUCAAAAGCAGGCUCUGUUACCCCUCAAAGACGUUCGUGCCCAUCUCCCCUUCAAGAUUGGCGACUACACCGACUUCUUUGCGGGUCUGAACCAUGCCUACAACUGCGGUGUUAUUUUCCGAGGCCCAAAAGAGGCUCUGCAACCAAACUACAAGCACCUGCCAGUCGGUUAUCAUGGCCGAGCAUCCUCAGUCGUACCUUCGGGCACCCCAAUUCGACGACCCAAUGGCCAGAUAUUAUUGGAUCCUACUGCGGAGAAACGGGUACCUACAUUCAGCCCGUGUAAGAAACUGGAUAUGGAGCUCGAGCUCGGAGCUUUUGUAUGUGGCUCAAACGAGCAAGGGACGCCAAUACCAAUUGAAAAGGCCGAAGAAAACUUGUUCGGUGUAGUUCUCAUGAACGACUGGUCAGCCAGAGACAUCCAGGCAUGGGAGUACGUGCCGUUGGGACCUUUCAAUGCAAAGAACUUUGGCACAACCAUCAGUACGUGGGUUGUACUCGCUGAUGCAUUGGAGCCAUUCAAGACAAAAGGCCUCGAGAAUGAUACUGAAGUACUGCCCUAUUUAAGAGAGAAGAACGACAAGACUGUCUACGAUAUUAAUCUUCAAAUCGAUCUCAAGACAUCCUCUGGCAGCAAUGCUACGGUUUCCAGAGUCAAUGGUCGAAACUUACUUUGGUCCUUCCCACAAAUGUUGACACACCACACCGUCAACGGAUGCCCCUUUCAGCCCGGUGAUUUGCUGGGCUCUGGCACCAUUAGUGGUACUACUCCAGCUGAAUAUGGAAGCUUCCUAGAGCAGAGUAACAACGGCAAAGAUUCUAUCGCAGUUCAAGGAGAGAAGAGAACAUUCCUCGAGGAUGGUGAUGAGGUUACUAUUCGAGGUGUGUGCGGCAAUGAUGAAGAAGCUCUUGUUGGGUUUGGCGAAUGCGUGGGCCGCAUUGAACCUGCCUUGAAAUUAGAGUUUGCGUAG